ACUCUUUAUCUUUAAUUCCCAUAAUGUUGAAAAUAUCAUCUCUAUAUCAAUCAAUAUUUCAUCCAUCCGAAAUUAGCGCUCUUAUCCAAUUUAUAUUUUACAAGCCUAAAAAUAUACUUGAAAUUAAACCAGAAAACAAGCAAAAGAUACGUUGUUAUGAGUUUCUGGAUCAAACUUCUCGUUCUUUUGCUGCUGUAAUUAAACAGUUGGAUGAUGCUGUAAGAGAUGCUGUAUGA